AUGGCUCCAGCUUCUGCCUCGCUCCUCGCCGGCGCCAAGCGCUCGGCCGACGCCACCCCUGACGCUGCUGAACUUCCACUAGCGCAGGAGGGCGCGGUGACCAAGAAGAACGGCCAGAGCCAGCAGCAGCAGCCGAAGCUGGAGUGCCCGCGGUGCAGCUCCACCGACACCAAGUUCUGCUACUACAACAACUACAGCACCACGCAGCCGCGCCACUACUGCCGCACCUGCCGCCGCUACUGGACGCAAGGCGGCACGCUGCGCAACGUCCCCGUCGGCGGGGCAUGCCGCCGCCGCGGCAGCAGCAAGCGCCGCAAGUGCUCCGCUGAACCCCAGACGACCUCCUCCGACUCGCCGCAACCGGACCUGCAGGAGACGCGCCCUCUCUCCGACCAACCGCUGCCGGUCUUCCCGUUCCUCACCGACGGCGGCCCCGUCUUCCUGCCGCAGUUCGAUCUCGGGCUCGGCGGGUUCCCCUGGACACCGGCGGCCACGGACCACCUCUACGACGGGCUAGCGGCGCCGUGGGGUGGCUGCGACCGGGCGCUCUCCCUCACCGGCGCGUGGGACGACCUCGGCGGCCUCGAGCUCGCCUGGCCACCACCGCCACCGGCCGGGAACUGA